GUGGCUAUAGAAAGUGUACUUGUCAAUAGUUGUCGAGCUUGCGGUUACGUUGCGUGCUGACAGUUGUCGAAGUUGGUCCGUGCAGUCCAGUUAGUUGAAACAAAUAAGAACAAUGAAGAAUCAAACCAAAGGUUUCACAAAAGAAGAAGAGCUCCUGUUGCAGGACUUUAGCAGGAACGUGACCACAAAAUCCUCUGCCUUAUUUUACGGUAACGCAUUUAUUGUAUCCGCUGUGCCAAUAUGGUUAUACUGGAGGAUCCAUAUGAUUGAUAUCUACUCCUCCCUAUUGUUGUUCAUCGUUGUUACUGCGAUUUCCACCUACUUGUUGUCUUUGGCCUACCGUAACACCAAGUUCACACUCAAACACAAAAUCGCCGUGAAACGAGAGGAGGCCGUCACCAAGGAUCUGUCGAAGAAGCUGGCUGAUGACAAGAGGAUGAGCAAAAAAGAAAAGGACGAAAGGAUCCUGUGGAAGAAGAACGAAGUAGCAGACUUCGAAGCCACCACCUUCUCCAUCUUUUACAACAACGCCUUGUUUUUGGCUAUCGUCAUCUUCACCAGCUUCUCAAUCCUCAGAACCUUCUCCCCAACUGUCAACUAUGCAUUGUCCAUUGGUUCCACAGCUGGAAUCCUGGCAUUGACUUCGACUGGUUCGCAAUAAUUUAUUUAUUUGUUAUAGAAUAAGUAACAUUUUAUAUAUACCAUCUUCGAGUAUAAGUUUUUUAUACACCAUUUCAUAAAAACGAGAAGUUGUAAUUUAUUUUGUUAAAUAAACCUGUUUUCUACA